AAGCUUCCAUGCUUUCCAUUCUAUCUUUUAUCUUUCCUUAUCGGGUGCUGCCUGUCCCCCUUUUACCUUGGGCUUAGAGGCCUUUCCAGGAACAGCUUGCAGCUGGUGCGAGCAGGAGCCUAGCUAGUGGGAUGGGGAUCCAUGCAUGGGCUUAUAUUCACAUUCCACUUCCCCACAGAUGUGUAUAAAUUAUAGAGGUCGGUAGGGUGAUUCUUCAUCGCAGGACAGCUAGUUGCAGCAGCAGUCAUCGCAAGAGGCAGGGGUUUUGUGUUGUCCCACCAAGAUGAACUACGGGAGCAGCUCUCGUGCCUCUGGUCCUAGGACUGCAACUAGGAGGUCGUUUGAGUAUGGGAGGACCUAUGUGGUCAGACCAAAGGGAAGGCACCAGGCCACUAUCGUGUGGCUUCACGGUUUAGGUGAUAAUGGAGCAAGCUGGUCCCAGCUCUUGGAAACCCUUCCUCUUCCAAAUGUUAAAUGGAUUUGCCCCACUGCUCCUACCCGACCUGUGGCAGCCUUUGGUGGAUUCCCGUGCACCGCCUGGUUCGACGUUAAAGACCUUUCAGUGGAUGGUCCUGAUGAUGUUGAAGGGACGGAUGUUUCAGCUGCACAUGUAGCAAACCUCUUGUCAGCUGAGCCUGCUGAUGUAAAACUGGGUAUCGGUGGCUUCAGCAUGGGCGCGGCAACUGCCUUGUACUCUGCCAGUUGCUGCGCGUAUGGUAGAUACGGAAACGGCAACCCAUAUCCGAUCAACCUGAGUGCGGUUAUUGGUCUAAGUGGCUGGCUUCCAUGUUCCAGGACCUUGAAGUACAAGUUGGAAAGUUCACAAGAUGCUGCAAGACGGGCUGCCUCCUUGCCUCUUUUGGUCUGUCAUGGAAGAGGGGAUGAUGUGGUUCCCUACAAACAUGGGGAAAGAUCGGCGGAGGUCUUAAGAUCAUCUGGAUUUCGAAAUUUGACUUUCAAAAGUUAUAGUGGGCUUGGCCACUACACGGUCCCUGAGCAAAUGGAUGAUGUCCGCAAGUGGCUUACUGCAAGGCUGGGGCUGGAUGGGUCUCGGUCAUAAUUGGGGAGUUUCGGGACGGCAACUUCCACAAUAUGGGCCAAAGAAGUCUAUUAACUACUAGUAAUUUUCGGUUUGGUAUAUGGUACGGUAGCGUUUGAUCGUCUCAGCUUCCGGUCCCUCGCCGGUUGGCUCGGUAUACGUACGUAUUCGCUCGUUCGUUUCCUAGUCUGGCUGCUAGCUUAUGGCAGCAUCACUGUUUCAGAGAUUGCUGGUAUAUAUGGAUAUGUAUGGAUUUUACGUGUGCGUGUUUUGUAAUAUUGAGAGACCAUUUCUAUUAUAUGCAAGAAUCUAUAAAACUUUCCUGA